UGGGCACAGGGCGUGGAAACGUCCUAGUGUGCUCGUCGGAAGGCACCGCGAACUGCUCCCUGCGAUCGGACUCGCGAACGUGCUGCAUGCCGCGUUGGCUUAGGGACGGCAGCGCCGGGACGAUGCCGAAAGGCGCAUCGCUUUCGACAAGGAUUACGAACUGUGCGUCAUGCGAAAUUGGCUGCGGUCUUUCUAUCUCAACCCGCUGAAACAUACUUCGGAUGAUUUCGCUCACACGAUGCCUCUGAGUUUUGAACGAAGGGCGUGCGUCUCGUGAUGUCGGCGGCGUCUUGUGUCGGAUACUGCGUCCUCCUCCUCUGGUGUGCGGUGCUUCGGCUGUGCCCCGAUGUGUGCUGCGUGCACAUUCUCCACCUUUCUGUGCCCAAGUGGGUAGAGAACGGCACCGAAGACUCCGUGCUGCUUGACUGCGUCUACAGCGUGGCCAAGGACGACCAGCAACUCGUGGUCAAGUGGUUCCUCAACGACGACCCACAGCCCAUCUACCAGUGGAUCCCCGAACUGGACAAAAGACACGUGUCCCAGAAGCUCAGAGGGAGGCUGAACCUGGACUUCUCGCUGUCCAGCGGCAACAGCUUCACCAAGUUUCGAGCCCUGAACCUAGUGCGCCCCACCACGGAACUGGGCGGGCGCUACUCGUGCCACGUAAACUCACUCGCAAGCCAGGAUGCCGAGUCCAAGCUCAUGACGGUCUACGCCCCGCCGAAGCGGUUCGACUUCUCGUACGAGCGCCUGUCGCCGACCGUGACGGAGCUCUCGUGCGAGGUGGACGGCGUGUUCCCGCUGCCCACGCUCUUCCUGUACCAGAGCAGUGGCCGGGAGCUGGCGGCCAGGGCCCUGGGCGCGUCUCCGAGCGUGGCACAGACCGACGGCGCCUACCAGGUCCGUCUCACGCAUGUCGUGGAGAGUCGAACCCUUGAGGCUGGGCUCGGACACAUCUUCGAGUGCGUGCUCUCUAUCCCGGAGACGAACUUCAAGCGGCAGCGGAGACUAGAGUUUGAACCCGGAAGCCUGGUUGGGGGAGCCAGUCAAUUGCAACGACGUCACACCAUGUGGAAUUCUCUCUCGGCGGUCACUGCGGUAUUGGCCGCCGCCAAGGCACGGGCGUAGCAGGAGAGUCAACGGAACCACACAAAGAUCAACUAAAAAACUCCACUCGAGCGCAAAGUGAACCGACCUCACGAGUCGCUCAGAGGAUGAAGACACCAGACGUUUGAAACGCCGAGACCCCUAACCUUCUCCAAAUCCAACCACUGCAACAUUAAAAAAGAAGCUCCUUUUCACCACGUCAUUUCCCAACAAGAAUUUAGAAAUAGUGUCGACCAACAUCAGUGCCUCCCCACAUGAAACAUGGAUUCUUCGGUCCAUAUUUUCUGAAGUCGUGAAUACUUUUGUGUGCGCCUGUGCGUGUUUCUGGUGUCUGUAUGUGUAAUUUGUUGAACACUGCACGUAUCGACGACGCUGAACUCUCAAGGACUUUGUUGCUGAUGUGCCCACACGAAAACUUGGGAAGGUCGGUGCCGAUCUCCCCACACCUCUUGUGUAAUAUUUUCGUUCCUCGUUUCGCGCUUACUCUCUGCAGUUCGGUAUAGGGGGACUAGUUUUGUUCCGUACAAUAAUAAUAAUAAUAAAAAAUUCUCGUCACUUGUUUAACACACUUUUUCGAACUUAGGGCUAUUCUGAUAGUUAUUUUUUUUUUCUGAAACCUAAGCACACUAACCAAGCAGUGGCCAGUUUUUAGGGUAGCUUCUUUGAUUCACGUAAAAUAUUUCUGUGUGAGGGCUCACGACCUUUUCUAAAGAAAGAAAACGGUUUUGCAUUUCUUUAAUAUUUCCAGAUGAUGGGUUUAGCUGCCUGCGUUUCUAUUUCUGCGUCGCACACAUUUUAGGUGAAGCCAAUACAAGAAAAUAUAUCCAGGGUCGUUUGCUGUACCUUCGAAACUAUGGUAACUGCGAUUUCAAGAAAUUGCUAUCCAAAUUUCGCAACGCUUGCGAAAAUUGUAUUAACGCUGGGCUAGAGUUCGUUUCGAAUCAAGGGAUUUUGUCUUUUUUCCAAAAACUAAGUGCCACAUUGAUGGUUUUAGCUAUUUUUUACUAGAGUCUACUACUCCAUUUUAUCGCUUUUUUGGGCGUACCUUCUGCUGUAGACUGUCGCGUUGUUCUACUGAACAAUUUCUGUGGUAAACAUAGUUCAGUUAAAAAGUGCUUGAAGGGGCCGUGCAACAACUUUUUUACGUUUUUUUUUCUUUUAAUUUCCACCGAACUUGGGCUCACUGAACGUAGAAACUAAGUGUUCUUUUUCCUCGAAAUUCGUCUUAUUUUAAAAGUUACAGGCAUCACAUUACAGUCACAAAAAAGAAGCAAAAAAUGACCUCCUUCAUGACGUCAUUGGUCCUCGGCCCCCUUUUCCUGCGCCCGCGGACCGCGGUGACUGGGAGGGGAAGACGGGGAAGGGAUCUGAGGCGAAGGAGAGAGAGCUGCUCGGGACCGGGCAGCUCUCUCUCCCCGGCUGACCAGGACCAAAACGUCACGAUUUCGUCACAUGCCGCGCGCGUUCGACAUCACGGGGCGCCCCCGUAAGAAGAGAAAGUUUCCUCGUCGUCCGUUUAAAAUAUGACGCACUGAUAUUUAGUCACUCUCUCCGCAACCGCUAAGUUGCCCGAACCACAAGAGACUUGAAAACAGCAAAAAAGGUAGAUGGUUAAAUAGGAUUGCAGGGACCCUUUAAUAUAUAACAUAAAAGUGCGAGCUUGUAAAUCGAUCUAAUUUGUUACAGCGGUAUCCAUUAUAAGGUGCUUGUAACAUGUUAACAGUCAGUGAAAAAAAAAAAGAGGAAAAACAUGAGGAUUCUCAUCUGUGUUUUCCAUUUGCUCGAAUGCAUUUAAAUGCGACAGAUAUGCACGCACUAAGCCAGUAAGAUCGUCUAGUCAAUUAUUUCAGCAUGCACUUCCGGUUGCAGACUCUUAGUUUCUAACGGUCGAUGGCAUAAUAAGUACACCUUGAAAGUUUUGUGGGAGGAUGUGAUCGCAACGGUAUCUCUGGGGCGGCUGAAAUGGAUAUUAUUCAGCCUAUGACGCUACAUCACACCCAUUUGUGGUCUUCCUUUUUUUUUGCAUCUUGUGUUGGCAUUAAAAUUUCGUGGUGUGCACGUUU